GUUUUCAUUCCGUGUUCAGCGUUCGUUGAGCAAAGUUCCCGUGUGCGUUGUUCGUUGCUUUAUCUUGACUUCAAGUCCCUUCACCGUUGUUUCUCGCGCCACCUUCGCCGUCGCUUCCAUGUCGUGUUGUUCUGCGCCGUCGUCGGAUACACAACGCUGCCAUUGAAGAAAUCGUGUUGGCGAACAGCAAUAUUAACGGCAAAAUAGCGUACACGCUAAUUGGUGUGACUCGAGUGAUUGAUAACCACGCAACCGUGAUAUUUAGUGAAGAUAUAUAGUUGAAGUGAGUUGAUAUUUCAGUGCGUUUUCGACUAACUCAAGUGAAGAAAUUUGAAACGAGUUAAUCAGAUUGUGAAGUGUUGGAAAAGUCUUAGGCUCAACAAGGUACUCAGCGCUGAAAACGCAAGAAGAGAAUUUUAUGUGAUUUUCGGUGCGAACAAAAGUUACAAAAUUUCGACCUACAAAAUGCCGACGCUUCAACCGCGGAUAGGAUUUAGUAUCGACUCUAUAGUGGGGAAUAGUACGCCCAAGUCGCCACCUCAUGCAAUAACAAAGGUGAACAACGUGCAGCGAUCACCGAGUCCACCACAGUCUUAUUCGGUCCGGUUGAAUCGAUUGCAGAGCUUAUCGCCGCCGCAUAACUACAGCAUUACUCGGUUGCCUGAAUCUCCGCAAAGCAUACCAGAGACACAAACUCGCUUGGAGCCUCAUCCUACUACCAGUCCAGCUCUGCAGGCUCGUUUGACUCCUGAUGAUCACCACUCCGCCAAGCGGCCACGAAGCCCUUCACCGCCGUCUUCCCCGUGCGGCCCUAUGCCUCCAGUAGGAGCUCCUGGACCCAUCGUUGUACCUGGACUACCGGCUGGACUGAUACGACCCUUCCCCGUGAGCCCACCUCAGCAGCAACCGCCUCAGAAUCCUGAUAUUAAAACCCUACCACCGUUUAUGCACACACCGGAGAUGGUACAAGCCGCCCACAAUCAGCACUUCCUUGCGGCCCAGUUUCAAGCAGCCGCCCUUGCACAUGCUCAAGCGGGACAACCAUUCCCACCACACCCGGCCGCCGCUCACCUACACAACCCAAACCUGCCACCGCGGGAUAGCUACCCUCUGUACCCGUGGUUACUUAGCCGGCACGGCCGUGGCGUCUUCCCCAUUGGAUUCCCUGGCAACUACCUCAUCCCGUUCCGCAAAUCGAAACGCGUCCGGACAGCGUUUUCGCCCUCACAGCUGCUCAAACUGGAACACGCCUUCGAAAGCAAUCACUAUGUGGUCGGGGCCGAACGUAAACAGUUGGCGCAGAAUCUGAACCUCUCGGAAACUCAGGUCAAAGUAUGGUUCCAGAACCGGCGCACCAAGCACAAACGUAUGCAACAGGAGGAGGGCAAAUCGGGCGAAUCGAGCGAUCAGAACCGCUCGACCUCGAGUCCGGCGUCCGGCGGAAGCUGCCCGGAAGACGACGAGGAUGAGUUCAUCGAUAUGGACGAGUGCCCGAGUGAUGAGGAAAAUAUGCACCACAAUGCAUGAAGGAAAAGAAGCAGGACGCCGCUACCGAAGCCGCCUUCUUAUGCCGAGUACGUCGACGACGUCCAACGUAGUAAGCUGUGCCAAAUAGACUAAGCUCCCCAAACCAUCAUGACGCUCCCGACUGAUGGCGACUGCGUAGAAGGCGAACUGCGACUUUGUGUUGCCUAUUGGGAUAGGAAACUGAACCCGUUUCCGCGGAACGAUGAUUGAUGAUGAAGAUGCAUGUGCCCAUGUGCAUGGACCGUAGAUGCCGCGUAUGCCGUGUUACAAAUCCUAAAUCGUCCAAUUAAGGCAGUCACUCAGACCUUUCAUGCGUUGGAAGCAGCAGGCAACGAAUAGCAUUUUGUUCGAGAAGGAGAAAACCAUUCCAGGAGCUGCAAUUUGUACCAGUGAUUGUUUUCUCAGCUGUAUGUUGGCAUUUGUUCAGCCCUAUUUGAAUUCUUAUAAGAGAUUUUGUGUUAUCAUUGUACCCUUAGUUUUGCAGUUCCCAGGAAGUUGCAAUUUGCGUGCGAGAGAGAGAUAGAGAGACAGGCAUUAAGCGUAAUAAGUGUAACGAGAAAGAACGUUAGGAAAUCUGUAUUAAAUGUGUAUAUAAUGAGUACUUAAUAGCUAUAUAAUAACAGGAGGCUUAAAUUGAUGGUAAUUUAAUUUUUAUUCCGCUCAUUUUGAGCAACGAUCGGAACGGGACGAUCUGUUCCUCCAACCACCCAGAAUACUUCCACGUCUUCAAACUGAGAUAUUGUAGUUUAAUUGAUGUAAACGUCGCCAGACGGACGAUCGGUUGCAUUCUGGAUGCUGUGGAAUAGCCACAGAAAAUUGAUGAUGAAUGUGUUAAUGUAGAUUUAAGUUGAUUGGAUCGUAUAGGCCGCGCGAGCGCAGUAAUGACGGAGUAAAUGAACUGGAAGUUAAUAUCAUUUGUAAAGCAAUUACGGCUACCUUCCACUAUCUACUUGUAGAACUCUUAUUGAAACUUCACUCUCUGUAUGGGAGUGAGGAAAGAAUAGUUACAAUGAAAUAAACGCAGUAUUCCCCAAAUUAA